GUUAUUUUUGUUUAUCAACGUGUACUGUUGCCAUGCCAACCGAGGAAGCAUAAACCGAGGGAAAAUGGAUUCCACACCAGGUGGAUCCGGCCUGUAUGGGAUGGACAAGCAUAGUAGCGAAAUGCCUCCUGUGAUUGAACCCGAUGUCAAUUCAGAUGACCCUGAAGAAAGAAUACUUGCCAGAAGAUUAAGAAUUGAACGAACAAUAGAACGGACCAAAAAAGGAGAUGAGGUUGAACCCCCUCCAACAGAUGUCAAAGAGGAAAUGAGUAAAGGUGUACAGCAGAUUGAAAUGAGUCGUCAACGAUUAAAGAAACUGGAAUGUGAUGGCUCACAGUUAGUGACUAACAUCCGCACAGCAGGAGAUUCCCGAGAGAGUCAACGAAGAAUACAGUAUGAGGAAUCUUCACGAUUAAGAAAAGAAAGAAUGGAACAUGAAGCUAAAACUUCAGCUGAAAGAUUUGAAGAGAUCAACAAAAAAUGGGAAAUCACCAUGCAAAAGGACGUCCCACAUUCGCUCUUUGAGGCUCUGGAAGAACAGAAGAAGGCAUGUGAUGUUUUAUUGGACGAAAAAAACAAACUGAUCAAUGACUUCCAGCUGGAGUUGAAAAAGGUGGAUGACAAUUAUGUAAAAGACCUGAAGAAACAGGCCGAUGACAUUGACCUGAUGGUGGAACGGAUGGAAGAGCAGAUCAAAGUACAGAGAAAGGCGUUCAGAGAUGAACUUGACGAGAUUGAGAGAGUCUACUUAAGAGAACGGGAGGAGAUUAUGAAACUGCACCGCCAGAGAUGGGACAAGAAGAUGAAAAAACGUCGAGGGAAAGAACUAGAAUAUCUGGAAAUUAGUCAGAAACGUAUUGGAGAAUAUGAAGAGUUAAUCCACCAAGUUCGGAUCCAAGAUGCUGAAGAAUACCAAAAAGUGAAACUGAAGCUUGAAACUGAAGUCCAGAAUCUUGAACAACUCCUUCAGCGGUUAAGGGCCACUUGUCAGUUGAACCAGGAAAAACUGGAAUACAACUUUCAAGUUCUGAAAAAGCGAGACGAAGAAAAUACUAUAAUUAAGUCAAAACAAAAACGAAAAAUUACCAGGCUUCAAGAUGUUCUGAAUAACAUAAAGAGCAAGUUGGCAAAGCAGGAGAAACACUUCAAAGAGGAAAACCAACAACUUACAGAUGAUUACAAGCGCCUUACAGAACAGUUCCAAGACUUGGAAAAACGAGCAAAACAUUUCAUGGCUAUCGAUCUGAAGAAAUUCCACGACUUAUGGUGUCUGAAUGAAGAUAUUUGUAAAGACCUGCUACUGAACGGAGUUCUCAGUGCCCAGCGCGUUAUCUUUACCCAGCAGUUGGGAUUAGAGUGGAAAAUGCCAAACGUAUCUUUUACCGAAAAUAAAGGACCAAUAAAAUAUGGUCAGAUAGAUGUCAGUUUUUCAGCAACCCAAAUUUUGAGCCAUGUUUUACUAUCAAAAGGAAAUGUUGAUGAAAAGCGGAAAAGCAUGAAAGAGAAACCAGUCUUGCAGUCAAUAUCUUCUGCUGUAGAAGUCGCAUCUACUGAUGAGAAUAAGAGAAUGUCAAAGGAAGAACGACUCGUCAAAAUUGAUGCUGCCAAAGCCAAAAUCUUCAAGCAAAUCUCACCCGUCACCGUCAAAUCUAUCUUGGAACUGAUCUGUGAUGAAUCUGAUUUUCUCAUUGAAUUAAAACUGAACACUUUGUUGGAAAAUCUCGAGAAAGACGAGAGAAUGCUGAUGAAACUCGACAGUGUGUUCUGUGUCUUGGGAGUGACAACUGAGAGUGAUAUUCUACAUCUUGCAACAUUCUUCAGGCUUUCUUCAGACGAUUUUGAAGGCAAAGAAGACGAACUUAAUGACAUGGAAUCAAAAGUCGUUGACGAUGCAAGUUCAAAAUGUGAAAAAUCAUUUCUGGAAGCUGAAAUGUCUACGCAAGCCUCAGAAGAGAGGCCCAGUGAGUUUGAUGAAUUCACAGAGAGUCAAAUUACCAUUACCACCAAACGACUAAACUAUAAUGAACCGCAACUUAUUCAUCCAAACGAUGUACUAAAGGCCCUGCGAUCUUUUGUUGAAAAACACCACAGUUUUGAGAAUAGGAGUAAGAGUAAAUUAACCUCAUUCCAGUUAUCCAAAGUUGAGCAGCGAAAGGAUUCUUGUGACAGCAUCUACUGGAAAAAGUAUUAUUACGCAUUGAGUAAAGAUCAAGAGAGACUGUGGGAUGCUUUAAUUCAUGGUCUUGAAAAAUACCAUCAGAUUCUCCAGGACAGAGCAAAUUUAAUUGACGAAAAUUCUACACUUUCACAACAAAACCAGGAACUCAACAUACUGUUGCAUCAGUAUAUCAAUGCUAAGGUGAAUGAUGAGUUACAAAUUCCUCCAACUAGAGUACUGCAGUUGAAUUUAAACAACUCAGACGUUGAACCAGAGCAGUUUGUCUUUCAUUAGUCAUUGACAAUUCUUAUUUUUAAAAGAAAUAAUAAUUUGUUGGGGCUGUAA